AUGCCGCGUAAACGCUGUCCUGUAUGCCAGUCGAAGCAAUGGCACAAAGAACCUGCGAGCGGUCUGAUCACCUGCAGCGAAGGCCAUGUUCUCCAAAACUAUCGGAACGAGAACUCGGAGAAGGAUGUGUUUGGGCCGCAUAUGAUGCAGAAAAGGACGCUCAAGUCCGGGCGGAAGAAGAAGGAGAAGCAGAGCGCGGCGGAUCCGAAGGUCUAUCACGGCGACCGCGCGAAGUUUCAUUACUUCCAGUGUCUGCAACUGCUUCUCCGCAAGCAGAUCGAGCCACUCACAGUAUUGUGGGGCUUGCCGCCCGAGUUCGAGCUGGUAUGCCGGGACCUUUGGGCGCUGUAUGUCGCCGUGCUCCCGUCGCCUCCGCCGCCGGAACCGUUGUUGUAUGCGCUCGAUCAAGACGGCGAUGGACAAAACGAUCGGACAAAGCAGCCAAAGGACAAGAAGAAGCACCCGAUCACACCGAAGGACACCGAUGAGCGUCCCGACGAGGGUAGUAACGACGAUCAGGCUGGCGAUCCGUCGAGCAGCAGCAGCGAGGAGGAAGACGACCUGCUGCGCGGGCUGUCCGAUGUCACCACGUCUGAGGAAGAAGAGGACGAGCAGGACGGCGACGCGAGCUCGAUCAAACGCAAUGCUCGGGGUAUGCACCCUUCCUGUCUCUUCGAUUCUCCGCGUUUAGACCGUUCAAUUGCAGAGCCGGCACAAUCGGAGCACGACCGGAGUAAGAGGUACGACAGGCCGGCGUGUACGCUCGCCGUGCUCGUCGUUGCGUGCUGGACAAUACGCCUCCCGUUGACAUAUAUGGAUAUCUUGCGGCUGGUGGAAGGCUACCGCGUCCCGUUUCUUGACGUGGUUCGGCUCGGUCACAUACCGAAGGCUAUGGCGGUUCACCUGUCGAGAUACGCUGUGCAAGCCCUGUCACCGAACCACGCUCCGAAACCGACCCAUAUUCAUGCCCUCGCGUCCCGGUUCGCACGGCUCAUAUACGCACGAUUUGGGGUGCACACGCCCGAGAUAAACGCAGCACCCCUUCUGUGGCGUGCGGUGAGGGCUCUAGGCGGUUCUCCAACGUUGUAUGCGUGUGCGAAGCGGGUGGCGAAGGUGCUAGAGCUGCCACUGACAUUGCAUCACUCGCUCGCGCCCGGGCUCGAGCGGACGAGCAAACAUGAUCCCGGGUGGCAUCACUCGGACAACGCGCCGCCUGAGGUGACCCUGAUUGCGGUUGUGAUAGUGGUGCUAAAGAUGGUGUACGGUCUAGACGGUAGACGGAGGCAACCUGUUGAUGGCGAAGACGCGGCAUGCGCGUUGCCCAAGCUCGCCGAGUAUUUUGAAGUGCUCGACGGCCUGGAGAAGUCGGACGAGAGGGCAUACCGGGACGAGACGUUCAGCGCGAAAACGCCGAUGUCGGUGCUCGACUUGAGCGGAGAAGAGGUGGACCGGUAUCUCGACUUCUGCGAGAGAACGUUGUUGGGCCCUGACGAUUCGAGUUGGAAGGAAGGAAGCGCCGGCGGUCACGCUCGCACUCCCAGGCCUCUGUCGGCAACGUUACCGAUUGAAUACGAUGACGAGCUGCAGACGCCAGGGCGUGUGCCGCUGCGUCCCGGGCAGGGCUACCGCAUCCAAAAGGCGAGCGAUAGGCUGGGGACGGUGCCGGAGGAUUACGACAGGGUGCUGAGACGGGCGGGGCAGUGGACAGGGGUAGAUGGGGACUCGGUGGGGGUGGUGAUCGAGCGGUUUGAGAGAAGGCUGGUCAGAUGGUGGGAAGGUAGGGCGAGGUGA